GAGAGGCGUGAUGUCGAGGCCCCCGCCCCGUCUUGCUGUUGGUCCCCAUGGGCUUCCUUCCUCACAUGCGGUUUGGGCUCUUAGAUGUGACUAGUUUCCUGGGAAAGUUGUUUUACUUCAGACUUCCUGUUCUGGUGUGAGAUUUUCAGGGAGGGGGUGGGAGAGUCUUGCCUCCUCCUCACAGAGCCUGGAGCCAGAGGACCAGAGAAAGCAGCCAGGGCAGGGGACCGCCCCUAGGACCCGGAGCCGCUUUCCCUUCACCGGUGUCCCUGGGGCCCGCUGGUCCUGUGCCCCCGGAGCCGUCCUGUCCGUCAGCACAAAUCUCGCAGGCUCAGCAGCUGGCCUGGGCCUCCGGGGGAAGCGGCCUGGUGGCUCUGGACACCGUCAGGCCCAGAGCCGAGCUGGCGGGCCCGGCGCCCCGCACCUGCUCCGAUCCAUCAGGCGGUCAUGGGCCGCGGCAGGGCUGCAGGAUCUUCUGGCCAUACAAGGCUCUGGGAAUCCAGACCCUGGGGACCCCAGGCAGCCGGGCCCAGCUAAAAUGCUGCUGACACUCAGCACCUCAUACCAUGUGCACAGCAGCUCUGGUGUGGCCGAGAGGCGUUCUCCCAGCUGGCUGCAGACAUGACGGAGCGCCUGACAGCGGAGCAGAUCAAGGAGUACAAGGGGGUCUUUGAGAUGUUCGACGAGGAGGGCAACGGGGAGGUGAAGACGGGGGAGCUGGAGCGGCUCAUGAGCCUGCUGGGCAUCAAUCCCACCAAGAGCGAGCUGGCUUCCAUGGCCAAGGACGUGGACAGAGACAACAAAGGCUUCUUCAACUGUGACAGCUUCCUGGCCCUGAUGGGCAUUUACUGGGAGAAGGCCCAGAACCAGGAGGGCGAGCUGCGGGCGGCCUUCCGUGUCUUCGACAAGGAGGGCAAGGGCUACAUCGACUGGGACACGCUCAAGUACGUGCUCAUGAAUGCAGGUGAGCCCCUCAAUGAGGUGGAGGCCGAGCAGAUGAUGAAGGAGGCGGACAAGGAUGGAGACGGAACCAUUGACUACGAGGGUGAGUCGGGGAGAGGUCUGGGAGCUGGGCGGCUGGGCCAGGCUGGUGGCUGACCUGUCCCUCUGCUCUCAGAGUUUGUGGCCAUGAUGACCGGAGAGUCCUUCAAGCUGGUCCAGUAGGAGCAGGUGCUGUGGCCAUGGGAGGCCUGCCCGCAGAAGGCCACGGCCCGCCGCCGCCCACGCUGCUGCCCAGCCUGCCCCACCUUUGGCCAAUAAACACUCCAGACA